AUGGACUCGUCGCCACUGCCCUCGAGGUCACGGCCUGCUGGUUCGUUUGCGUCGUCGUCCGUGAGCAACCGCCGGAACCCCUUCACGAUUGCCAAGGCGGCGUCACUCGCGCGGUCCAACAGCAGCAGUCUUAGCAACAAAAAUACCACUCCCUCUCUACCAACGAGGACACAAGAGACACCGAAAGCACAGCCCCGCGGGUCACGGCGAGACCACGACAGUGAUGAUGACGACGUGGACGACGACGACGAGGACGGUGACUACAAUGUGGAUGAAGAGGAGGAGGACGACAUUGAAGACUCGGACAAGGCUGAGGCAGAAGAAGACGACGACGAGGACGACGAGGACGACGAGGACGAGCUUGCCGGUGUCGGAGGCUUUGCCAAUUCGCCCUACUUUACGCAGCCCACCCAGGCCAUCACGCAACGUGUGACGCAGCCGACACAGCUUCUCAAGAAGCCGCCUUUGACGCUCGGCGGUAGCAAAGCUCUCGAAACCGUUCCCAUCAACAUCCCGUCCUCGUCACCCGCCCGGUCCAUCAUCGAAGUCCCUGCGUCUUCGCCCUUCCAGUCGCCCAAACCGCAGGUGGCACCGUCCUCUACGAUCACCGCACGCGGCCGACUGGCCUCUCUCAUGGCGCCGGUUGGCACGACGUAUCGGUCUCCGGCCGCCCAGGCAGCGCCGCGGCCUGCAUCUCCUGCUGCCAGAGUUGCGGACGAUUUCGACGACGACCGGGCAUUGGACAAUAUUAUCAGCAUUGAUGACAGCUCGGACGACGACAACGAGAAUGACCGCCGGCGGCGGGGCGACAUCCGGCCUUCCUCGUUCCGCAGCCCAGACAAAGUUCGAAGACCGGCAGCCGCUGCCACCACUUUGGAGACAGAACAGGAGCAAGACGAGACAGGCGCAGAAGACGAUUCCUCUCCACCAGCAGCGGUGGAGUCGAAGCCGCUCGGCCGUCGGAUGCUUGACGACAGAAAAAUCCAGACACUGGUCGGCAAGAUGGUCAAGACCCUGCGCAGCAAGGGCUAUAUGAACGUUCCUGUCGAGGUUUGUCGCGCCACCUUGAUCGAUCAUAAGUUCAACGUCGAGGAAGCCGUGAUGGACGUAUUUGACGAUCUCCUUGCCCAAGAGCAAGAAAAGAAGAAACUGCGUCUCGCCGCCCCCGCCCGGCCGUCGCCCAUUGCCAAGUCCAAGGUCCCCGAGAUGAUCCGCAGCUUUUCCUAUCAGGGCAACAGUUUGGGUUCUAAAAUGGCCGGCACAAACACGACGACGACCACCAACACGUCACGCGCUUCCACACCUGCGACCCCCUCGUCCCAGCACUCGUUGAAGCGGAGUGGUCUCAGCCCCGAUCCACGACCGAAACGCCGCCGGCUUGUCCAGGGACGCAAGUACCGAGGCCCGACCUCGUCGCAGGCGGGCUCGCCGGCCGUGGACAAGCAAGAAGAGACGGAUCUGGUGGAUCUAGACCGGUCGGUUAGUGACGACGACGACGACGCCGCCGCCAGUCCGCCGGCCAUUGAGAUCAGCGACGACGAGCCCAUGGAAAUGAACGACGACGACGACGGCGACGUGAUCGAUGUGGACGACGAAGACGAUGACAACGACGACAGCGGCGACGUCGAGAAGCGGGUCCUCGAGUACUUCAACACCUGUACCGUCGACGACCUCGUUGCGAUGCUGGGUGCCAAGGCCCGCGGCAAAGCCGAGACCAUUCUCUCUCACCGGCCCUUCCGCUCGCGCGCCUCUGUGACGCGCAUCCAGGCCGAACCAGCGGCUGGCGGUCGCAACAAGAAGAAGGCCGCCAACAUUGGCGAGGACAUUUUUGAUGCGGUCGAAGAAUACGUGAUUGCCCUGCGGGCCAUUGACGUUGUUGUAGCGCAGUGCGAGCAGAAGGGCCUGCAAAUCCGAUCAACGCUUCACCGCUGGAACGUCGACUUUCGUGGCAGCAACAAGCUCCAACCGGCGGCUGGCGGUAGUGGUGCCGAUGGCCUGUUGACUCCGGCGAGUGAACCGGAAAGCUCCAACGGCACUCUCCCUGUCCCUGCGGAUAAGAAGAGCAGUUAUGUGCCGCUUCCCAUCCCCCAGGAGCCAGAGCUCAUGCGUGGCCACUGCACGAUGAAAGGGUACCAGCUGUACGGCAUGAACUGGCUGUGGGAGCUGUACAAGCGCAACUUUGGCUGCAUCUUGGCCGACGACAUGGGCCUGGGCAAGACUUGCCAGGUGAUCUCGUUUCUGAGCCACCUGGUUGAGUCGUACGGCGGCGACGUGGAGGACGAGUCGUCGCGGCCGUGGCCCAACUUGGUGAUUGUCCCGCCAUCGACACUGGCAAACUGGAAGACGGAGUUUAAAAAGUUUGCGCCCAAGAUCCGCGUCACCUCCUACAACGGGUCGACAACCGAGCGCGACGCCAUCUUCCACCGGAUUCAGGCGCGCCGCGACAGGCACCAUGUGGUGUUGGCCUCGUAUUCGCAGGUUAUGGCCAAGCAGGACGUCGACGCCAUGCGCAAGAUCUCGCCCAAUGUGGCCAUCUUUGAUGAGGGCCACAAGAUGAAGAACUCGGGCACCAACGUGUACAAGUCGCUGCGCCGCAUCGACGCCAACUGGCGGCUGAUCCUCACGGGCACGCCCGUCCAAAACAACCUGAUGGAAAUGAUCAACCUCCUCAACUUUAUCCAGCCGACGCUGUUCGAGCGGCACCUGGAAAAGCUUGGCGCGCUCUUCAGCCAGCGGUUCACGCUGCAGGACGUGAGCAACGGCGCUCUUCUGUUCAGCGACCGCGUUCGGCGUGCCCGCCAGAUCCUGGAGCCCUUUAUCCUCCAGCGUCGCAAGGAGCAGGUGCUCUCAAGCAUGCCGACCAAGACGUCACGCGUCGUGUGCUGUGAGCUCGACGACACGCAGCGGCCCAUUUACGAAGCGUACGAACGCCAGUUCCGCGAAGGACGCGAGCGCCGGGCGGCGGGCCUCAAGGGCGCUGCUGCCGCCAGCGACAGCACGGCACGUGCGGCUGUCGCACGGUCGGCUGUCACAGGCUUGUCCAACGACCAGAACAACGUAUGGGUCCAGCUGCGGAAAUCGGCCAUCCACGCGCAGCUGUUCCGACGCUACUACGACGACAAGAAGGUCCAAAAGAUGGCCGAGAUUCUCAUGAUGGAGGUGCCGCAGGCUGAGUUGCGGCAGCCCAACCUGGGCCAUCUGGUCAACGAGCUGCGCGACUGCUCCGACUUUGAGCUGCACACAUGGUGCCGCGACUACCACUGCAUCCGCGAGUACGACACGCCCGACGGGCUCUUCUUGAAGAGCGGCAAGGUGCGCGAGCUGCUGUCCCUGGUACGGCAGUUCCAAGCGAACGGCGACCGUGCUCUGGUGUUUACGCGCUUUGCGCGCGUGCUCAACAUCUUGCGCGAAUGUCUCGAGCACGAAAACAUUGCUUACGUGUCCCUCGAGGGCGCCACGCGCGUCGAUGAGCGCCAGGACAUUAUUGACGAGUUCAACGAGAACGCCGACAUCCCCGUCUUUUUGCUGACGACGGGCUCCGGCGGCACGGGCAUCAACCUCACGGCCGCCAACAAGGUCGUCAUCUUUGACCAGAGCGACAACCCGCAGGACGACGUACAGGCCGAGAACCGGGCCCACCGCCUGGGCCAGACGCGGGACGUCGAGGUCAUCAAGCUGGUGACACAGGGCACCAUUGAGGAGCUUGUGUACAAGGCGUGCCAGACGAAGCUGGAGCUCGCACAGCGUGUGACGGCGGGCAGCGCAAGCCGUGCCGAGGAGCUGGAGGCCGCCGAAUGGGGCGACGGCGAUCGUGUCGCCAAGGCCGUCGAGGAAGAAGUGCGGAGGAUGCUGCUGGCGAAGCAGGACGACAAGGACGAGAGAGACGAGAAGGGCGACACAAACGAGACGGUGACGACGACCACGCCCCCCAAGAGCGACGACGGCGACAACAACGGCAGGGAUGAUGCGCCCACGAGUCGGCCACGCCGUUCUCGCAAGUAG